UACAUUAUUGCGAGCGCUGCCAGCACAGGACAGCCUUGAGAAUUUACAAGAAUCCCUCUGUAACUUUUGAAAAAACUUGUUGGUUUUGCAGUUAGCUUAACGGAGGAAUAUGAUAAGUUUAAUAAGUGUCCAUAGUUGUAACUGUCAAUGUUAAGAGGGCAGAAUCUUUGAAAAUCAGUAUGAACUUAAAGAGUGUCGGCGCGGUGUUAGUGGUGUUCCUCACGUUAAGCACAGAGGUGCAGAAGUCGGAGUCUGCGGCGUGUCAUGGCUGUGGGACUGGAUCGAAGUGUGACUGCAGUGGGGUGAAAGGAGAGAAGGGUGAUCGAGGGUUUCCAGGUUUAUCAGGCCAGCCAGGUGUUCCAGGUUUCCCUGGACCAGAGGGGCCGAUUGGACCUCGUGGAGAGAAGGGCGAUGAUGGACCUUCAGGGCCGAUGGGGACCAAAGGAAUAAGAGGACCUUCUGGAUUGCCGGGCUUCCCAGGAACACCAGGAAUACCAGGUCUCCCAGGACAGGAUGGCGGACCUGGACCCAGAGGAAUUCCAGGCUGUAACGGAACUAAAGGUGAAAGAGGAUUCCCAGGAAGUCCAGGCCUUCCAGGUUUAGAGGGUCGAAUAGGUCCAACAGGUCCUAUAGGACAAAAGGGGGAGCCUGGGGAAGUCAUAGAUGAAAAUAGAAUUUCAGAAAAUGGGGAUCCUGGCUUUGAUGGCACAGCAGGCUCAAGCGGGGAUCCCGGACCCCCAGGUCCUCAAGGUCCUGCUGGUCCUGCUGGUCCCAGAGGGUAUGAGGGGCGCCCAGGCCCUCCUGGUCCACCAGGUCCGAAGGGAAACAUGGGAUUGAACUUUCAAGGACCCAAAGGAGUGCAGGGUGAACGUGGAUUACAAGGACCUCCAGGACCACCAGGACAGGUUGGCGAAGUAUCAGGCGUACCUGAUACAGUCAUACAACAAGGAGAAAAGGGUGAUGUCGGCCCACCUGGAGAUCCUGGUUUCCCAGGCCCUCCUGGCCCCCCUGGUCAGCAAGGGGGGCAGAGAGGUGACAAAGGAGAACCUGGUGAACCUGGAAAGAGGGGAAAACCCGGCAAAGACGGUGAACAAGGCCUCUCUGGAUUUCUGGGUGACAAAGGAGAUACAGGUCCUCCUGGUCCACCUGGACGAGAUGGUGUGAGAGGUGAGAAAGGUAAUCAAGGGCCUCCUGGACCUCCAUCAUUCAGGGAUGGGCAGUUCACAGGCAUAGGCGGAAUAGGACCAAAAGGAGACAGUGGUGAGCCAGGACCAGUUGGACCUAAAGGAGAUAGAGGACUUCCAGGUAUUCAGGGCCCACCUGGUCCACAAGGUCUUGCAGGAAUUGGAGGUCCAGGUCCUCCCGGCUCGCCAGGUUUACCUGGAGAGAGAGGAGAAAAGGGUGAUGAGGGGCAGCCUGGAAUCUCGCUCCCUGGACCACCUGGGAGACAAGGUCCACAAGGUCUCCAAGGAUUCCAAGGGCCUCCUGGUCCCCCAGGAAUAUUCAACGGCGAUCUAGAAUGUAAUCGUGGUCUUACUGGUCCACCAGGCCUGCAGGGGGAGCGGGGAUUUCCUGGAGAAACAGGACCGCAAGGUCAAAAAGGAGAGACGUGUGUGAAUUGUUUCAGUAAUGGAAACCCUGUCCCAGGACCCCCAGGGUUUCCAGGUCCUCCUGGAAAUCAAGGUGCACCUGGUUUGCCUGGAUCUAAAGGAGAAAGAGGAUACCCAGGAGGACCAGGGCUCAUAGGCCCUGCGGGACUACAAGGACCUCAGGGUCCCCCUGGAUACCCUGGAGAAAAGGGCGACCCAGGCGAUGCCAUCUCUGGUCUAGGUGUGAAAGGAGACAAGGGAGACACAGGCUUUCCUGGCCCUCAAGGUCUGCCGGGACUCGAAGGAAGACCUGGUCGUGAUGGAGUGCCUGGUCCCCCUGGCCUCAGAGGACCACCUGGUUCUGCUGUGGUGAAAGGUGCACAAGGUCCACCAGGUGAACCCGGCUUCCCAGGAUCUCCAGGAGACAGGGGUCUAAGUGGUCCCCCAGGAUUCGGUCCACAGGGACCUCCUGGAGAGAAGGGUAUUCAGGGCGUUUCAGGAAGAUCAGGGGCUCCUGGAGCUCCAGGUCAGAAAGGUGAACCUGGGUUGGCUGUGCCAGAAAAAGGUGAGCGUGGACCUGCAGGGCGUGAUGGAGAUCCUGGAUUGCCAGGAAGUCCAGGUAAUACAGGCCAAUCUGGACAGCCUGGGUUCCCAGGCCUACCUGGAGCCAAAGGAGAUCCUGGUCUUCCUGGUAUUGGUUUGCCAGGACCCCCUGGUACUAAAGGUUUUCCUGGUAUUGCUGGUUCCCCUGGUGGACCUGGCAUUCCUGGGCGACCAGGUUUGGAUGGAUUGUCUGGUCAGCCUGGAUUACCAGGACCCAAAGGAGAUCCUGGUUUUGGUCUACCUGGCCCUUCAGGUCCUACAGGAUUCCAAGGCAGUAAAGGUACACCCGGCCCUAAGGGUGAUUCUGGUUUCCCUGGAAACCCUGGUGCACCAGGUCGUCCGGGUCUCGACGGUGCCCCUGGACCUAAAGGUGAUGGUGGUUUUCCUGGUGGUCCUGGUCCUCGUGGCCCCCCAGGGCCCCCUGCCUUUGGCCUUCAGGGCCCCCCUGGUCCUCCUGGACCUCCUGGAUCUAUGGGGUCUCCUGGAGUCCUUGGUGCGAAUGGAGAGAAAGGAGACCGUGGCUCCCCAGGUCUGAGUAUUCCAGGGUUGCAAGGUGACAGAGGAAACCCUGGAUUUCCUGGACCUCCUGGCACAAUUGGUCCACCUGGGGGUCCAGGACUACCUGGUCAAGAUGGCCUACCGGGACUGCCUGGGCCUAAAGGUGACAUGGGUGGCAUGGGUGCUCCAGGACCUCCAGGUGGCCCUGGCAACCCUGGCAGACCAGGCUUUCCGGGACCAAAAGGAGAUGAUGGUGUCCCAGGACGACAAGGAAUCAAAGGUUCCUAUGGAUUAAAGGGAGACAGAGGUGACCCAGGCAUUCCAGGCCCACCUGGCAUAGUGUCAACUCAACAGCUAUUAAAAGGACAAAAAGGAGAACCCGGAGGUCCAGGUUUUAACGGACCACCAGGAGCAAAGGGUGUUUCCGGUAUCCCGGGAGAAUCUGGUCUCCCUGGGCAAGAUGGAAGGCCAGGACUACCAGGAUCCCCAGGCCCCAAAGGUGAUUCUGGUUUCCCAGGAACUCCAGGGUCUUCUGGAGCCCCAGGACUGAAGGGUAGCAUGGGAGAGAUGGGAUUUCCAGGAAUUUCUGGAGUGAAAGGAACCCCUGGCCAACCUGGCCGACCAGGCCAGCCUGGAUCCCCAGGAUCACCAGGGUUCCCGGGACCCAAAGGUGAUCCUGGCUCAGCAGGAUUUGGAUUACCAGGAAAUCCUGGGCCAAAGGGUGAACCAGGCACUUCAGGAUUCCCUGGAAACCCUGGGCUGAAAGGCCAAGCUGGCCUUCCAGGACCUCCAGGCUUUACUGGUAGCCCUGGUACAAAGGGUGAUCCGGGACUCCCAGGAUUCCAAGGUGCACCUGGCAUUCCUGGCCCUAAAGGUUUGGAUGGCGUUACAGGCCCUCCUGGUCUUAGUGGAGCACCCGGAAGGCCAGGAGAACCUGGACGAUCUGGAUUACCCGGCAAUCCUGGCGAUAAAGGUCUUGCUGGUCGUGAUGGUAUUCCAGGACCUGCGGGAAUAAAGGGUGAACCAGGUGCUCCCGGCCUUGGUGGCCCAGGCCCGCCCGGUUUUCCCGGUUCACCAGGGCUUAAAGGAGACCCUGGUUUUCCGGGUUCUCCCGGAAGUCCUGGAUUUCCUGGUCCAAAAGGUGAGUCGGGAUUCCCUGGGUUGCCUGGUCAGAGUGGCACUGUAGGACCACCUGGGCCUCCAGGACUGCCUGUACAGGGGCCUAAAGGUAUCCAAGGCACACCUGGUCCCCCCGGAAGAUCGGGUCCUCCUGGCCCUGAGGGUCCCCGUGGACCUCCAGGUAGUGGAGGAGUGAAGGGUGAGAAGGGCUUGCCUGGAAUCCCUGGGACAUCUGGUGCACCAGGACUGAAAGGAGAUUAUGGUUCCCCUGGCUUUCCGGGUACUCCAGGAAAUCCAGGGCCUAGUGGCCUGAAAGGAGAUUCUGGACCUCAAGGUGUUUCUGGAUUCCCAGGACCGAAAGGACAGCCUGGCCCUGCUGGAGCUGACGGCAGACCAGGACAACGUGGGGACCCUGGAACUACAGGACUUCCUGGUGACCCAGGCAUUGCUCCAACGCCUAUUGUUGUGAAGGGCGAGCGUGGUCCACCUGGACCACCUGGAAACCCAGGCAGCAGAGGCCCACAAGGACCCUCGGGAUUACAGGGUCUUCCAGGUUCACCUGGCAACCCUGGUGACCCAGGUCAAAUGGGAACUCCAGGAUUUAGCGGUUCACCUGGAAGGAAGGGAGAUUUAGGACAAGCUGGACAAACAGGUCUGCGUGGUUAUCCCGGCCCUCCUGGUCCAGAUGGGAUUCCGGGCCCUCCAGGUACCUCAGGAACAGGUUCUGCAGCACAUGGUUUUCUGAUCACUCGCCACAGUCAGACCACAGACGUGCCAUCAUGUCCAGAUGGCACAGGCCUUAUCUAUGACGGCUACUCUUUACUCUAUGUGCAAGGCAACGAGAGGGCUCACGGACAGGACCUGGGUACGGCUGGAAGUUGUCUACGUCGUUUCAGCACAAUGCCUUUCAUGUUCUGUAACAUCAACAAUGUUUGCAACUUCGCGUCCCGUAAUGACUACUCCUAUUGGCUGUCCACACCCCAGCCCAUGCCCAUGAGCAUGGCAGUCAUCACUGGAGAAGGCAUCAAACCUUACAUCAGUCGGUGUUCUGUGUGUGAAGCUCCAGCCAUGGUGAUUGCUAUACACAGCCAGACCAUUCAGGUGCCACUCUGCCCGCAGAACUGGGAAAUGCUCUGGAUCGGUUACUCCUUCAUGAUGCACACCAGUGCAGGUGCCGAGGGUUCGGGUCAGGCCCUCGCCUCUCCCGGCUCCUGUCUGGAGGAGUUCCGCUCCACUCCGUUCAUCGAGUGCCACGGUCGAGGCACCUGCAAUUAUUACAGCAACUCGUACAGCUUCUGGCUGGCCACUGUGGACGUGAAUGAAAUGUUCAGAAAGCCACAGUCAGAGACACUGAAAGCUGGAAACUUGCAGACCCGUGUGAGCCGCUGUAUUGUGUGUAUGAAGAGGACGUAACGUAGUGACUUUUGUGCAGUCUGUUGUUGUUGAGGAUCAGCCGUCACCUACAACGACUGCGGCCAUCAUGCUGAUCACCAGUGGUGUUUCAUUGGUGCAGUAUCUUCACGUUUAACUCUAUGGUGCUACUGUGCGACACAGCAAAAGAAACUGAACAAAAUAAAUGAAUUUAUUAGUCUUU